AAAUAUUUCAAGAGUUAUACAUACUUGAAGGAAAUUAGUCAAAAACUCGAAGAAUAUUAAUGUUUUUGAGUUUAUUUGAAGAAAAUAUUACUCUAUCUUUGCGAGUUUUGUUGGAAUCAUAUAUAGUGAAAAAGGCUCGAAAAAUACAGUUCAAAUUAAAAAUUCAGUUUGCCAUUUAUGGAACAGGAGAAAAACUGCCAGCAUCGCUGUUUUGCUAAGUGAUAUUUAAAAAAAAUUAAAACAAAGUUGUCUUAUUGUGAAAAGUUAUUCAGAAAGGUAUUUUUUUAUAAUUUAUUGUUACAAUACAAUGUAUUUGCCGAAAGACUUGACGAAGAAGAAAGAAAAUGCCAUUGCAGAACUACGGCAGAGGUUGAAAGAUGAUGUUCCACCAGAAAUGUAUGAGGAUACUAUUACAUUUUACAAGUUUCUCAAAGCCCGCAAUUUUAACAUCAACCAAGCAGAAUCUAUGCUGAGAAAGCAUUUGAAAUUCAGAAAAAUUGCGCAAAUCGACACCAUUUUAACAGAUUAUAAGGCACCAGAGGUAUGUGAAAAAUAUAUAUCUCAAAAUUUUCUUGGUUAUGAUAAAGAAGGUUCUCCAGUUUAUAUGUCUGCAUUUGGGAAUAUAGAUAGUAGAGGUGUCUUCAGAUCUGCAAAUAAAGUAGAUUUCUUAAAAUGUUGUCUCCAAGUAAUUGAAAGAGGACUUUAUCAGACAAAGCUUCAGACUUUAAAGCUAGGUAAACCAGUUACUCAGUGCGUGUAUAUCUAUGAUAUGGACAAAAUGACUUUAGCGAAAGCCACUGACAGAUACAGUAUAGAACAUUUUUUGAUAGCGGUCAAUAUAUUUCAAGACAACUAUCCUGAACUGUUGAAAUCUGUGUAUGUCAUAAAUGCUUCAACGUAUUUUACAAUGGUAUUUCCAGUCGUCAAAGCUAUACUUUCUGGAUCCAUACUCGGAAAAUUGAAAAUAUUUGGUACAGAUGGAUGGAAAGAAGAAUUCUUGAAAAUAAUGGAUGCAGAAGAGUUACCUGCCUGCCUUGGAGGAAAGAAAACGGAUCCAGAUGGAAAUCCGCAAUGUAAUACCAUUAUUAAUUGGGCUGGUACAGUGCCCGAACAUUACUUCAAGACUAAAGAUGUUAAAAAUUUCGCAAAGCUAAAUGGUGUAAAGAAAGUCAUUAUACCUAGACAAGCAAGUUUUGAAGUGAAAGUGGAAGUAAAUCGCCCUGGACUGAUGCUAGAGUGGGAAUACGAAGUGGCGUAUCAUGAUAUUGGUUUCAAACUUUUGUUUGAAGAAAAAUGUCAUAAUGGAACUGAAACUCUAGAAAUUAUUCCAAUGGAGAAAUUUGAAACGGAAUAUGAGCCAUUAAGAGGAUCCAUCAUUUGUAAAAAACAAGGAAUUUAUAUCAUCGUUUUCGAUAACACCUACAGUUGGUUUAAAUCUAAGGAAGUCUAUUACCUAACUUGUCUCGCGAGCCCUAAAGAGAAAUCUAAUGCCUUGCUUUAAUUGAGAUUAUCAACUUUUUUUUUGUAUAUUAUGUUAUAAAUUUUGGUAUUUUUUUCUAUCGAUGUAAUAUUUUGAUCAUUUUUAUAAACACUAUUUUUAUAAAACACUA